AUGAGUAUACACAAACGCGUGUAUAUCGACACGAUGCUACUAGAGAAUCCACAGACCACACACCUGAACACACACACAAAAAAGCUGCCUUUGAUGGCCACCAAGGCCCCGAGCUGCUCCACCCGCUUCAGAUCUCCGGCCAGCGCCGUUUGGUUCCUGCCGGCCGCCGUCUUCAUCCUCCUGCUCCUCCUUCUGCGCCGCCCGACCAUGGACCCCUAUGCUCCCGCUUCUCCUCGUGGUCCCGUGUCUUCCCGGCGCGCCGAUCUGUACGGCAGGAUGGCUCGGGACCUUGAUGAGCGCGGCGCGGCGUUCUUGAAGGGCGGCGAGACGUCGCAGUCCCUCACGCUCUCGGACCUCUUCGACAUCAGGGACGGCGCCGUCGUGCCCAAGCUCAAGGCCGCCGACCCGCCGGUGCGUGCAAACGUGCUCUACCUGGAGCCGGUGUUCGCCGCCGAGAUAGCGAAGGCUGUGAAGGAAGUAUUUCUUCCUUAUUUUGAUAAAGCUAUCUGGUUCCAAAAUUUGAGCAUGUAUCACUUCAGUAUGUUUCAUGCCUCCCAUCAUCUGGAGCCAAUCUUAGCAACCAAGGAUGAGAUUGAAGCCGAAGUCGAUGCUGUAAAAGGAGUUACUGAGGCUGUUUGUCCCCUUAAAAUUUCCUUGGAUCGAGUGGUUUUGACGUCAACUGGAGUUCUUCUUGGCCUGUGGCAGGUUGAAUCUGGUACUGAUCCUGCCGACAUCCGCUCAAAAUUGAGAGAAGCUCUACCUCGAGCACCCCAAAAGCAGUUGUAUGAUCCUGUUCUCCUCCACACAUCCUUUGCGCGAAUUCUGGGACCUCCUAAGCUCCCACAACAGGAGGACACAUCAUCUUUCAGUCACAUCAAAUUCUUCCAUGACCUCGUUGCACAGGUUAAUGGGAAAAUCCGUGGCUUCCAGGCAAAGGUAUCAGAGCUGUGGUAUGUAGAGGAGUACGAUGUGCUAGCCCUAGCACUGAAUGGAAAGAUGAGAGUGCGGAGGCUCCACCUUGGCUGCAAUGAGGGCCAAGAUAACUGA